AGAGACACUGUAAGCAUCGUUGACCUCAAAGCUACUCCGAUACGAGAGUUUACAGAGAGGGGAAUUACAGGCGAAGACGGAUCCGAGCUCGAAUUCGACACUAUUGUAAUGGCGACAGGCUUUGACGCCAUGACAGGGAGUCUCACCAAGAUGAAUAUUCAAGGAAGAGAUGGCAUCACCUUUUCAGACCGGUGGAAAGACGGCGUCUUCACUCAUCUUGGACUUUGCUCCAAUGGAUGCCCUAACCUGUUCAUGGUCUACGGGCCUCAGGCACCCACGGCGUUUAGCAAUGGACCUCCGUUCAUUGAGAGUCAGGUUGACAUGAUUGUGGAACUUCUUCAGAAGCUCCAGAAAAAGGGUGUCAAGUCCAUUGAAGCACAGCGGGAUGCCGAGGAGAAGUGGAAGCAGGCAAUCCAGGCUGCCAAUGGCAAGACCUUAAUGCCCUUGACCGACUCGUGGUAUAACGGAGCCAACAUCCCAGGCAAGAAGAGAGAGCAAUUGAUGUACCUAGGUGGAGUUAGGAAAUAUCAAGAGGGAUGCUGA